AAUUUCACUCUCCUUCUCACAAUUCAAAUUCAAACUCAUUUAUACAAACCCACAAACAAACACUAUGUCCGAUAUUGUUCUUAACGAACCUCGUUCUGUGGUCAGAAAGUUCCAGGCCAGGCCUCAACAUGAAGGUGUCGGAGCCAUUGUUAGAAGAAGUAUAGGAAGGUAUGAGCUAAAGUACUUUGAUCCUUUCCUCGCUUUGGAUGAAUUCUCAGUAUCUGCUCCUUCUGGAUUUCCUGAUCAUCCACAUAGAGGGUUUGAAACUGUCACCUACAUGUUACAGGGAGCUGUAACACAUGAAGAUUUUGGGGGUCACAAGGGGACCAUAGGAGCUGGUGACUUACAGUGGAUGACCGCGGGAAGAGGGAUUGUUCACUCGGAGAUGCCUGCAGCCCAGGGAAUACAAAAGGGCUUGCAGUUGUGGAUCAACCUGUCCUCCAAAAACAAAAUGAUUGAGCCAAGGUAUCAAGAAAUGAUGAGCAAGGACAUAGCAGAGGCUGCGAAAGAUGGGGUGAAGGUCAGAGUUAUAGCCGGUGAGGCCUUGGGAACAAAAUCACCUAUAUACACAAAGACCCCUACCAUGUACUUGGACUUCACUCUGAAACCAGGAGCUCAAAUUCAGCAGCCAAUACCGACAUUGUGGAACUCGUUUGUGUACGUUUUAGAAGGCGAUGGUAUCUUUGGAAACUCAAGAUCUUCGCCUGUAACAGCACACCACCUUCUUCUUCUAGGCACCGGAGAUGGCCUUGAGGCAUGGAACAAGUCCUCCAAACCCCUCAGGUUUAUUCUGGUUGGAGGUGAACCAUUGGGGGAACCUGUGGUGCAACUUGGGCCUUUUGUGAUGAACACUCAAGAAGAGAUUGACCAAACAAUUGAAGAUUUUGAGAAUUGCAUUAAUGGAUUUGAGAAAGCCAAGCAUUGGAGAUCUGAAGCCACAGUUGGCCUUGAUUAUUAGUAUAUUUUAGUUUUUUCCUCCUUUUUUUCAUGUUAAUUGUUUGAUUUCAAAUUGAGUGGGAAAUAGGAGUACUUGUCAUUGUGUCUCAGAAUGUAUCUUUCACUUAAGGAAUGAUUAAGAUUAAUUAUACA